AUGUCCAACGGGGAGUCGCGUGAGUCGCUCGACCUGUUGGCCUCGGCCGCGGAGCAGUCAUCACCUCAGUCUCGCAUCAAGAGGAACACCGCCUGCGUGUCGUGCAGAGACUCCAAGGUGAAAUGCAAUGCGAGCACCGUACCUGGCCAGCCUUGCCAGCGCUGCCAGAAGCUGAAGCUGCGCUGUGUGGUUGAUAAGUCUCACAAGAGAGUGAGCAAGCGGAGUAAAUUCGAUGAGCUCGUUCAGGAGGUUCAGAGCAUUAAACAGGCUGUGGCUCCCCAGUCAUCGUCUUCAACUCCUCACGGCCAACUCCCCCUCCCCCCUAUUCCAGCACAGACACCACAUUUACCGAGCCCCCGGGCGGACCAGGCACGCCUGUACUCUUCCGCCGUCUUCUCGUCCGGAGUAUCACCAUUGGCCUCCAUCCCGUCCUUCAGCAAUGCUCCACCCCCACGAACUUUCCCAGAAGCCUCGUCCGUCCCUGCAUUGACUCCCGGCCCCUUGACCACCCCGUCUUCUGCCAGUAGCCGUCCUGCGCAGCCUAGAGCACUGAAGUCGAGGGUAUUCUCCAGUGAAGAUAUCGAUCGGUACUUCGAUCAAUAUUUUGAACACUUCCACCCAUACUUCCCGGUCGUACGCAUUAGGGAGCCAGACGCCGUAUAUAAUGCCGGACCAGUUCUUUUCUGGGUAAUUGUCGUCACAGCCUGCAGGAAGUCGACACACGAGGGCGGAAUAUUUGAUUUCCUAGUCGAUGCAGUUAGGAACGAGAUAUGGGGGAGCGUAUCCGACCCGCCUGUCUCUCUGGCCACGAUCAAUGCAUUGUUGAUUUUGAGCGUCUGGCCGCUGCCUACCAUUCGCUUUAUGAAGGACCCGUCCCCAAUCUACGUGUCACUCCUCAUGAACAGCUGUUACAUGCUUGGAAUUCAUACUGGCCGCGGAGACUUUCCGACGCAGGUAUACCCGGCAUAUCGUCUGUCUGUCAGUGACGAGGAGGCUGUGUAUUCUUGGGUGGGGUUCAACAUCAUCUCGCAGCGCGUGUCGACGUAUAGUGGCACGCCUUCUACGGGUCAGUACUUCAACAGCACGAUUGAGAGUAUCCUCGACAGAACGAGCCCCAUCAAGAUUCCGAUGUAUUUCUACAUCCAACUGGAAAGUGCUGCGUUCCUACAUAGGGUGGGGAGAACUGUGGCUGCCAACCUCGAGCAAGGGAAAGGGAUUUCUCAUCAUGUUAUUGAACAGCUAGAGGAAGACUUCCAGAAGGUUCAGGGCCUCAUGUCUGCAGGCAUCUCAGAGGUGGAUCAAUUCACCAUCCUUUCCACACUUCUAGAGCUUCAAGUCUUCUACUUUAUGCCAAUUCCCGGCUUCAGUCAGGAGGCGUUCAAGCGCAACGCCCUACGCUGCCACACCACCGCACAGUCAGUCAUCAGGCUCGCGCUGAAGCUCAACAACGAAAUCGGCUUCCUCACCCACUCGCCCCAUUUCGUCUGCCGCUCCCUGCUGUCGGCAGCCUGCAUUGUGAUAUCGGCGCUGCUAUCCCCAUCUACAAAGGAGGUCGUUGACCGCCAGAUUCAAGACUCCGGGACGACCCCAGACAUGGUGGUCAACGAAGCGCUCGCCGGAGUGAGACUGUGCAGCGUCCAGGACGGCGACCUGCCCGUCCGCGCGGCCAAGAUGAUGGAGAGCGCGUGGAGCGUGCGCGACAUCCUGCCCGCGACGGAGCUGUCGCGGCUAGGCCAGAUGGACGUCUCGCACCGGCUCGGGAUGGGCCUGCCGCUAGACUGCAUCCGGAGGUGGAAGCGCCAGAUGGAGCAGACCCGUCCGGACAAAGUUACUCCCCAGCCCGGCGCCGGCGGUAACGGCGGCAUGGCAGAAGGGGCGGGCAACGCCGCCGUGGCGAGCGCCGCCGAGAUGCUGGCCGGCGAUCCAUUCUCGAGGGUUGACUGGGACGCGUUCAUGAAGGAUUUCGACAUGAACUUUGACCCGGCCCUCAUGGACACCGUUGUCGCCUAG